AAGAUAGUAAGUAGGGGAACUUAAUGGAAAGUGGAGAUUUUUGAUACCGUAUAUAUGACUCUUAUGUUUGCCCUAAUCGAUAAUACGUUGGAAACUGUUGAUAUCAUACGAAUGUUUGCUUUAAAUAAUUAUUCUUUUUGAAAUCUGAAUUUCUUGUUCCACGAAAUAGCGAUGCAGAGCGUUAUUAAUUCUGUAAAAGGUACUGCGCUUGGUGUUGCCGAAUACUUAACCCCUGUGUUAAAGGAAAGUAAAUUUCGAGAAACUGGAGUAUUAACACCGGAGGAGUUUGUGGCAGCAGGUGACCAUUUGGUACAUCAUUGUCCAACAUGGCAGUGGGCUACUGGUGAUGAAGAUAGAGUAAAAUCUUAUCUUCCCAAAACCAAACAAUUUUUAUUGACACGUAAUGUUCCUUGUACUCGGAGAUGUAAACAGAUUGAAUACAGCAAAGAACAAGAGUGUAUUAUAGAAGAAGACGAUCCAGAAGGUGGUUGGGUUGACACACAUCAUUAUGAUUCAAGCCUUGGUGGAAUUGAAGAAAGAGUAACCGAAAUGACAUUAGAUGAAACACAACUUUCCCAGUCAAUUGGUACAGAGGAAAAUAAUGGAGAUAAUAAUGAGGAUGAUGAUGAUGAUGAUGAUGAUGAUGGAGAUGCUGCAGAUAUGGAGGCUUUUGAAGUCAGCGGAAUGUUAGAUGAACAGGAUAAGUAUGCAGCAAAAAUUACAAAGAAACCAGCUAAUGAGAAAUGGGAAUUAUUUUCUGAAGGAGAAAUUAUUCAUACACGUACAUAUGACUUAUAUAUUACAUAUGAUAAAUAUUAUCAAACUCCUCGAUUAUGGCUUUCAGGAUAUGAUGAGAAUCGUAAGCCUUUAACAGUAGAAGAAAUGUAUGAGGACGUUAGUCAAGAUCAUGCUAAAAAAACCGUUACAAUGGAGGCACAUCCUCAUAUCCCUGGACCGCUAAUGGCUUCAGUUCAUCCUUGCAGACAUGCUGAAGUAAUGAAGAAGAUUAUUGAAACUGUAAUGGAAGGUGGUCGUGAACUUGGAGUACAUAUGUAUCUUAUAAUAUUUCUCAAAUUUGUGCAAUCUGUAAUUCCUACAAUCGAAUAUGAUUAUACACAAAAUUUUAUGUUGAACGCCUCUGGUUAAUAGCUUUAAAAAUUUUCAUUUUACCUUAAGAAUAAACGUGAUUUUAGUUUAUAAGCGUAAUAUAUAACAGAAUUAAAAGCAUUGUGAAUCAUAUAAUAAAUACAUAUAAUAAAUUUAAUUUCAAUUCAGAAAACAAUAAGCUUGUAUGUGCACAAGACAUUUCAAUAUAAAAUCAAAUUUUGAUGAUCUUAUGUGUCACUUGCCAAAACUUGUACCGUUUUGUUUUGUUAUUUUAUCAUUGUUAAAAAAAAGCAAAAUAAUUAGUAUUUUCUAAAAGUUAAACUAUUUUUAAUUAUUCAUGUAUAAAAAUUUUUUAUUUAAAAAAUAAUAUAUGUAUGAACAUAUAUAAAGUUAUAUAUCAAUAGUAAAAAGUAGAAUAUAUAUAUAUAUAUAUAUAUAUGAAAGAACUGAAUUCAUAAAUAAAUUCGUUUUUCAUUAA